AUUUUUAUCUUUACUUAAUUUGAUUUAGUUUCAGACUUUCAGACAAUAUGGGAUCAGAGACAAAAGUAAAAUCGAGGGAGAAAUAUUCUCGAAAAAGUGAACAUAGCAGAAAUAGGAGUAGAGAUAGGAGUAGGAGUAGGGAGAGACCAAGAAAAAGAAGUCGGGAAAAGAAGGAAAGACGAGAAGAGAGACACAGGAAGGACGACAGACACAGACACGGAGAAGAUAAACAGAGACACGAAGAAGUCAGGAACAGAAAGGCGGAAGUGCAUCAAAUGAAGGCGGAAGCUCUCAAACCAGAAGACGAACCGGAAGUACCGAAAGAAGGCGUGAAUCUCGGUCUUUCUGGUGCGCUUACAGAGGAGACGAACACCUUUAAUGGUGUGGUGGUAAAGUAUGCUGAACCUCCUGAAGCAAGGAAACCUAAACGCCGGUGGAGGUUCUACGUUUUCAAGGGUGAAGAAGUUCUCCCGACUCUACAUCUACACAGACAAUCCGCUUUCCUAAUGGGCCGUGAUAGGAAGGUUUGUAAUUUAAUGUCUAGAGAGCAAGGGCCGGGAUAGGAAGGUUUGUAAUUU